UUCUUUAAGGAAGAUAUAUUAUUUAGAAUAUUAAAUAUACCGGGAAAGUAAUUAUAUGUGUGUGGGCGGGUACCCAUGGGGCGGGUUUACCUAAACCCAAACCCAACCCGACCCGAUGAAUAGUGUAGCGGGUUUAAACCCGAACCCGGCCCAAAACCAGUCAACACGAGUUUUACCCGUGUUGACCGGGUUGGGUCGAGUGGGUACCCGUGGGUUCGGGUUUUGUUGCCAUCCAUAGCCCCACGCUGACCCGGCCCGACAUGAACCGGCCUUCUGACUACCUUCGUCUUCCUUCAAACUUCAACGCGAUCACACGAGAAUAACCCACUGCCUCCAGUUUCCACGCCCGCAAGAGACUGAAGUGAUCGCCGGCUCCAACAAUGGCUUCUCGAUGCUUGUUCUUCAUCGCGCUAUUCAUCACGCUGGUUGUCUUCUCUUCUUCACAGGUAACUGCUGCCCAUGAACCGGUUGACCGUAGAAUCCAGCUCUCAUUAUCGCCAUUUGCAUCGGGUCUCGAAGCUCUGCAGAAUCAAAUUGGUUACUCUUUCCAGAAGGUUGGGCUGCUGCGCCUGGCGAUGACCCACUCUUCCUACUCCCUAGAGAACAACAAUGCGUUGAGUAUAUUGGGUGCCAAUGUCAUCGACACGGCUGUUGCUGUCCAGUCACUCAGAGGCGACAUUGAUAUAUCUUCGAAAACUCUCAGUGAUCGGAUUGCUAAAGUCUCAAACGUCGACAAUUCGUGUGCUGUUGAUGGGAAGCGCUUGGGGAUUCACAAAGUGAUUAGGGUUUCGUCAAAGACGGAUUCAUCAACUCCUUCGGUGGUUUGUGGUGCUUUCCGGGCGAUAUUUGCUGCUAUUGCUUUGGAUUCGGGGAAGGUGGAUGAAGCUGGAAAGGUGUUUCUGAAAGUUCAUGGUGGUGGUGGUGGUGAUGUUGGAAGAGCUGCCUUGUAAGUUGACAGCCUUGAUCCUUGCUAGGAGUUUGCUUCAAGUGGGUGUAAGUAGGCGAGUUCCAAUCUAACGGUAUUCAAGAGCUUGAUUAGUUUCUCGAACUGUGGCUAUCCUUGCUUUGGUUGCAUAAAUUGGGCGCUGCUAAUAUAGUUUCUGCUUGAGA